AUGGGCACUCAGAACAGACAAACAAUAUCCGAAGGUGUCGCGGCUUUUCUAGAACAAAAGAAUCUAUUAUCUCCAAUCAAAGGGAACAAGCGCAAGAUCUCUCCUCUGGUAAUAAUGUCACCUACUUCAACUAUAUCCAAUCAAGCCUUUUCACAACCAUCACAUAACACUGUCACUUCUCGUGAUUUCAAAGCAUCAUGUCUGAAGAUUGAGACAGACGAAGUGGAAAUACCUGCGGACUUACAUAGUCAAGAGACCUACGAGUUCAUUGGCUUCAAAACUGCCGCGGAAAUGUGGCACAACUAUUCUACUGCUCUUGCUGCCAUGGAUGAUCCGUAUUUCCGUGAACAUGUCGCUAUCGGCGAGGUAGAUUUCCUUGAUUUUGCGCUCUCAAGGAUCACCAUGCUCGGGCCUGGCCCAACGAGCUCCUUGGAUGACUGGAGUGGCCAUCUGGACCGCUUGGGAAUCAACUCGACGCUCAAGGAAGCAAUUCUGAUGCCUGAAUUUGAAGGCAUCAGAUGUACAGCCAGCUGUGAGUUCUGGGUGUUGGAUGCGGCACAGGCUGCUUUCGAAGUAGUCGAAGCCCUUGACGAGACUGUAAAAGAUCUGGUCAUCCAUAUGCAAGAGAUGGAUGAGACGUCGGACCAUUCUGCAGAGAACGAAGCUGCUGAGCAAAGGUCAUCUGCGCCAAUUUCGGCGGAAGACGUUGUUGCGCCAGAAGUCGCACCUAGCGACACUACUCUUUGGCGUGCAGAGCAUGGAUAUAGAUGCAAAUUGCUCUGCAAUAAGGAGACGCGGCGACUGGAGCUGGGUAAAAUUGCCACGGUGGAAGGAGACUUUGGCGGACUUAUAGCAUUCAGCUAUUUUACUCCACAGAAAGAGACUGCAGACCUGUACGCAGCGUGGGGUAAGCAUAAGGUACCUCUAGAUGAUCUGCGAAUUGUACAAGUUGAUAUUCCGGAAAGUUUGGCCAGAAUUCUGUCUGUCAAAUAUCUCUGGUCAGGCUCUCAAGAACAGUCCUUAUGGAACGAGUGGAGAGAAGUUGCUCUCCUCUCGCGAAGAAGAAAGGGUUUCCUGGAUGAACUUGAACACAUCCAUGAUAAAGACUUAAUUAUUGGUCAUGUGGCUAGCGGCCUCAACAUCGAGUUCUUGAGAAUGAAUGACCCAACCGAGAUCAAGGAUAAACAGGUUUUGAAGGUAGAGAUUGAUGGCCAGGAGAGGAAGGCUAUCCAAUGGGGCUUUCACCAUAGGUCGUUUGCAAAAGUGGAGGAUGCUACAGAAGGAAAGUUCUGGGUGCACCGCGUUGGUGCUUUGAAAGCUCCCAAACAAGCACAGCAUUAACCAAAUGAUGAGAGGCAAAGAGAACCGCGCAAUUCAAUUUCUGUGAUGCUUGCACUCCUGAUUAUUGUAACCUGCGCACAUGGCUAGGAUAUUUAUUGGCCUUCAGAACCGAGAUUUUGCUCCCGCUUUGCAUCACUUAGUUAACUACCUAACACAAGAGAAUUAUUGCUCCUUGAAUAUUAGAACC